GGAAACAAACACAUGCGACACAUUUCGUCGCAACCACACGCCAGCUGUAAACUACAAUCCAAGCAUGCAGGCGGGAGACUUUCAUUCGGCUGUAAGCGUCGAUACUGAGGAGUUGCAUGACCACUGCAGAGGUCAUGAGGGACUACCGGGUCACUCCAUCCAAACAUUAACGAUUACAUCAACAUCAGAUUGUCUUUCAAUCACAAACCAUUCAAUUGGUUCGCCGGGGUUCGCUAAUGGUCAUUCUGGCAUAAAUCCAGAUAUGGCCGGCAUGACCGAUCCUCCAGUUUCAGUAAAUAAUCAAAAACUAGCUGACCUCCUGGCAGGUAAAAACCUGAGUUUUUCUCCUGAACAGGUUGCUUGUGUUUGCGAGGCCCUCAGUCAGGCUGGCGACAUUGACCGUCUAGCUCGAUUCCUCUGGUCCUUACCGCCUAGCGAGCUACUACGAGGCAAUCAGUCGGUGCUGAGGGCCCAAUCUACUGUAGCUUUCCAUCGUGGAAACUUCAAAGAACUAUAUUCAAUCUUGGAGAACCAUGACUUCGACAGCCAGUAUCACACCGAACUUCAGCAGAUGUGGUAUAAGGCUCACUACCGAGAAGCCGAGAAAGUCCGCGGCCGACCUUUGGGAGCUGUAGACAAGUAUCGACUCCGCCGAAAGUAUCCCCUACCUAAGACAAUUUGGGACGGAGAAGAGACGAUCUACUGUUUUAAAGAGAAAUCCCGAAUCGCACUGAAAGAGUGUUAUAACCAUAACCGUUACCCUACCCCAGACGAAAAGAGAAAUUUGGCGAAGAAAACUGGAUUAACACUGACGCAAGUUAGCAACUGGUUUAAAAAUAGGCGCCAGAGGGAUAGAACACCUCAACAAAGAAGUGACCUUUGCUCUACGUCGACAACUUCAACUAUUCACGUAAACGCCAGUUCAGCAGGCCAGCAAACGUGCGGACUCCAACCGUCACCGACCAAUCAUGUAUCACAGCGGUUGUCGCCGUCUAUGUGUGGACAAAUGAAUGAGAUACUGUCCCGGGAUAUGAUUCGAGAAAUGCCAUCGUAUGUUCAGAAGCCAGUUGAAGACGUGGGACUACAUUCAGUGAUGACUAUGGUAAAAGCAGAACCGGGAUUCUUUCCGUCUGGAAUGUUCUAUUCGUCGUGUCCUACGACUUUUGAACCCACUCCUCUACACCACCCUAGUGUUACUAUAACACAUUUUUAACAAUGAAACUGUAAACUCUAUUUUGUUUUUCAGUUCCCCGUCAAUAACCUAUUAAACUGUGCAUUUGCAGAAAGAUUAUAACUUUUAAAGAGAAAAACAACAAUUAAAGUCAAUUUUAAUGCAUCGCAAAUGACAUCAUAAUCGUGGACAAACAUGAAGACUGAUAUAAUGGAAUAAUAUACUAUGACUAAUCUUAGUUACACAUUCCAUGGACAUGUUAAUUGAACAAUAGCUCUAGGUCACCUUGAUAGAUUGGCUUGAAUACUAAAGAAUUUAUUAUAUUGUUCCUUACAAGCAAACAAAUAAUAUAAUAAUGUACUAUUGAUCUGGCACGUAGAUAUAUGUAUAUAUACACUGUGCACAUUGUAUUAUUUUCACCUUUGACCACUAUAAUGUAUACGGAA